CACAACAACCAGAGGGCGAGCCAUUGCCACCCCUGAGCUUCUUAGGCCAGUUAUCCUGGUCAUGUUUCUCUGACUGUGGAUCUCUUAAUAGGAUUAUCUGUUCUCUCGGUGCUUUUCCUGGAGAAUGGGACACAGAGACAACACUUAAUGCAAAGGCAGACAGGACCUUGUGGAGGUACGUCUGCAUUUUCUGCAACAUCGAUUCAUUUGAGGCUGAUGGUGGAGGGGUUUUUCAUGUUUUAAUACCUGCGUAAGACUCUGGGAUUAAUCUGUUGGAGAGCCACAAGCUUCCAUCAUGCGUGUUCAGCCUGAUGCAGAGUCACGCGACCCUGACAGUCAGUUCACGAUGCAGGGCAGUGAAGACAGCGAGGAAGAAACCAGUCAGGAGGAGCCGCCGGUCCCAAUGUGGAAUGACCUGUCCAUUGUGGAGCGAGUAGGACUCAACAGCGUUGAGAUGUCAGAGGAAGCUCUGGAGGCUGCCUUCUCUCAGAUUUCCCUGGCCUUCUGCUGUGACCAGUAUACCCUGAAACAGAGGCUGCAGGCUGAGGAGCACGCCCGCAACCUGGCAGAGGAGAACAUCCAGCUGGAGCUGACCAGAGGCAGGGAGACGCUGGAGGCACUGAAAGCUCUCUGUCUGGACAGUAAACGCAACAAAAUCCUCCAGAAGCUGGAGCUGUGUCUGGACAUCCUUGGUGGGACGGUAGAACGAAUCUCCAGCACAGCUGAGGUGUUGGGAGCUGUGCACCAGGAGGCACGUGUGAGCCGGGCAGUGGAGCUGAUGGUGGCUCACGUGGAGAAUCUGAAGAAGCGUCACGACAGAGACAUGGCCGAGCUGGAGGAGACCAAGAGGCUGAUCCAGCACGGCUCCCACAGGAGCCUCAUCGAGCCCGGAGACUUCCCAGAUAUGGAGGAGAGUGAACCCAAAAAGAAGGACAGGAAAAACUCUCAGCAGUACAAUGGCCGUCACAGGGUCAGCAUAUCAGUCAUCUCCAACCAAUCUCAGCAGAGGAGAAAGCGAGACUUGAAGAGGCAGGUAGAGAGCAUCAACAAGACGGCCCUCACCCCAAGUCUAUCACCAACCCCGAGCACAGAGUCCAGCUGCUCCAUCAUGACCAAGGAGGAGAGUUACUCACUGCAUGACAGACCACCUCUCAAGCCAGAUGAAGCCCCGUCAGAUGUUUUGGGCGUCCAGCCUCCACCGGAGCCCUCUCCCACCCCCAACCCAGAGAGUCUCCCACCCUCUGCAGCGGACGUGGCCAUCGGGAAGAUACAAAACAAAAAUUCUCCUCUGGAUACCCUGCGGCACAGACACAAGAGCAAAACCACACUGUCGAAGAAAAAGGCAGACAAGGAUAAAAAGGGCGCACAUGUUUAUCAGCAGUUUCCCAUGGACACGUGUGGGUCAUUGUUGAGGCAACGCCCUGUGGCUCAUUGGCUGCAUGACUGUCACUGGGCUCUCCACUGCAUCUACCUCCUGGUGCUCCUCUGUGUCUUGACAUUCACCUACUUCUUAUGGAAGCUUUAUGGCCGUGCACUUUAGCAAUAAUCUGUUUAAUACAGUUAUCAGGACAUUGCUCAUAACUGACUCAUCUGAUGAUAUGUAAUGAUUAAUAAUGUCUGUAUACUCUGUAACUUUACUGUAAACAAAGCGUGAACUCAAACUAAAAUCCCUGGCCAUCUGGCGUACUCUUUGUAUGUGUACACAAUAUAUUUUGAUUUAACACUUGA